UCUGCUGCCACACACAGGAAGUGUGUGGGGGGGAAGGAGUACUCGCAGCCCAAUCGGCCUCUCCCAGACGGACUUUGGAGCUCGGGGACGAAUCGGCGCUCGGCAGUCGGCGUUUGAUCGUUAUGUGUGAACUGCUCAAGAGCGUCCCCGACGCCCGACAGAUAUCUAGCAAGCUAAAUAUCUGGACCUGUCGGCGAGUCCAGAUCCUGUAGUGUGAAAAGGGUUGUGCCUGCUAAUGGGUGGGAGCUACAGCCAAUGAGAGCGCAAGACACGGGCUGAGGAAGAGCCCCGGGGAGGAGCUGCACAGCUUUCUAAGAAGAAGAAGAAGAAGAAGAAGAAGCGUUGUCCUGCACACCAAGUCGACCCAGCUGUUUGAAGCCUUGAACUGUAAAGUUGUAGCUAGGCUACACAGUUCACUGAAGGUAACGUUAGCUGAUGUGCUAACAAGCAGCAAAGUAACUGAUGGACAGUUUCUAGCAGGCCGAGAGACGCAGAGACCCGAGGCGAACCGGGAAAGACAGGGACAAACCGGGAAGGACAGGGACAAACCGGGAUAAACCAAGACAGACACCGAGACACGGAGACAUACAGACUCUCCAGUGAGACCCGGGACAGCAGCGGAGGAGCGACGGGUCUGCAGCGCGGAGCCUGAACGCAGCACACGUAUGUAACAGUGAGAGGGCGGCAUGAUGUCCCGGCCAUGGACCCGUGUCUUGCUGGUCCUGGUCCUGGUGCUGUCCCUCCCCCCGGUGUCCUCAGGACGCUCGGACAGGACGCUGGUCUCGGAGGAGUUUGUAGGCGCUGUAGUGAACGCCUCGGUGCUGGACGGACGAGGACAUGCUGUCCAGCUGAUGAGCAGUGAGGACGGGACGUAUGGACAGAACUCCCCCAAAGUUGACACCAGGGGGGUUGUCCUCACCCCGUCCCCCAUACACGGAGUGAUGGACCGGCAGGGCUGCGACCCGGCGACACGCUUCCUUCCGCCGCCGCGCAGCGUCCACUGGGUGGCGCUGCUCCAGAGAGGGAACUGCACCUUCAGGGAGAAGAUCCUGAAAGCUGCUGCCUACAACGCCACCGCCGUGCUCAUCUACAACAACUCCACCGAGACCACCGUGAAGAUGGGCCACGAAGGUACCGGGGACACAGUGGCAGUGAUGAUCACGGAGGCUUACGGUAAGGAGAUCCAGGCCCAUCUGGAGAGGAACCUAACUGUUCUGGUUUCGGUGUUCGUGGGCCAACGUGGGCCAACCAAGAACAUCAACCGAGGCUCGCUGGUGUUCGUCUCAAUCUCCUUCAUCGUCCUGAUGAUCAUCUCCUCGGCCUGGCUCAUCUUCUACUUCAUUCAGAAGAUCCGCUACACCAGCUCACGCGACCGCAGCCAGCGUCGUCUUGGAGACACAGCGAAGAAAGCAAUCGGGAAGCUGAGCACGAGGACGGUGAGGAGAGGAGACAAGGAAACUGAUCCAGAUUUUAACCACUGUGCGGUGUGUAUUGAAGCGUACCAGAUGAACGAUGUGGUCCGAAUCCUGCCCUGCAAACAUGUCUUCCAUAAGGUUAUCUGUGAGGACCCCUGGCUGAACGAGCACUGCAUCCUGUCCAUGUGUAAGCUGAACAUCCUGAACUCUCGCAUCGCGACUCACUAUAACCUCCUCUAUCUGCACCCCCCCAACCGCCCUGCCCUGGUGGACAGUCUGGGAGCUGGACGUGGACCGACUGCCUGUCACUCCAACCUCCAGCAGCCGGGCCCCCCUCCUGGAGACAGCCCCCCCCCCCCAAACAGCCUGGAGCCCCUCACCCCCCCCCACCCCUCAGGCCCAGAGCCCUCUGACAACAACCAUCGCUGUGACCAGUAA